AUGUCUAGUAGAGACGUUUCCAGCCAAACAGAUAUCUCCAAGAUGAAACCCGAGGCUGAUGGUUCAUUCAAGCGAGCUGACGCAUCGUUCCGAAACGUUAUCGAGAAGGGUGGGCGAUUCGAACCCGAGAAAGACCGUUACCAUCUCUACGUCUCGUAUGCAUGUCCCUGGGCCACGAGGACGCUAAUUGUCAGGAAGCUCAAAGGACUGGAGGAUUUAAUUCCCGUUACGGUUGUUUCCCCCCGAAUGGGAUCCCAGGGAUGGCCAUUUGCUAACAUAGAUAACUUCGAGGCAUCGGACGAAGACCCGCUAUAUAAAUCCGAGCACGUUAAAGACCUAUAUUUGAAGGCGGAUCCAGACUACGGCGGUCGUUUUACCGUUCCCGUUCUUUGGGACAAGAAAAACCACACCAUUGUCAACAACGAAUCCUCAGAAAUCAUCCGGAUAUUCAAUCAUGCUUUCGAUGAAUUUAUUCCAAAAGAUAAAGCCGAGAUAGACUACUAUCCAACCGAGCUUAAGAAUGAAAUCGACGAGUUGAACAGUUGGAUUUAUCCUAAUGUGAUAGUGAACGGAGUAUAUCGCUCGGGCUUUGCCACUACACAGGAAUCGUACUCUAAGGCCGUUAAGGAAGUUUUCGAAGCUCUCGACAAGCUCGAGACCAUUCUUGAUGGGAAGGAUUACCUGGUCGGCAACAGGCUGACAGAAGCAGAUAUCAGGCUCUGGGUGACGAUCAUACGCUUCGACCCGGUUUAUGUUGGACACUUCAAGUGCAACAUCCGAACCAUUCGCGGGGGCUAUCCUAAUAUCAACACCUGGUUGAAGAAGCUUUACUGGAACAACGAGGCGUUCAAAGUUUCGACCAAUUUUAACCAUAUUAAGACCCAUUACUACUGGUCUCAUACGACGAUUAAUCCAACAAGAAUAGUCCCUGUCGGGCCUUUCCCCGAUAUCGAACCCUUGUGA